GAGAACGUCGACGACCUCGUGGAUCGCGUGCUCGGCUCCGACCGCGCGACGGACGAGAGGCUGCUCGGCGAGCUAGAGGUGCUUCUCUAUUCGAUCGCGGAGCACGCGAGCGCGGUGCGCGUCUUGGAGAAGAUUCUGGAGAUCAAGGAGCGCGAGUUUGGGCCCGAUCACCGCGAGGUGGUCUUCGCGCUGAAGCAUCUCGGUGGCACGUACGGCUCCCUCGGCGACUACGCCAAGUGGCGCGACCUCCUCGAGCGCGCGCUCGCGAUCCAGGAGCGCGAGUACGGCCGCGACCACAAGGAGGUUGCUGGGACGCUGAUGGGCCUCGGGAAUGCGUACGGCUCCCUCGGCGACUACGCGAAGAAGCGCGACCUCCUCGAGCGCGCGCUCGCGAUCUUGGAGCGCGAGUACGGCAGCGAAAACGUGGUGGUGGCCUUGGCGCUGGGGAACCUCGCGAACGCGCACGGCUCCCUCGGCGACUACGUCAAGCAGCGCGACGUCCUCGAGCACGCGCUCGCGAUCUUGGAGCGCAAGUUCGGCCGCGACCACACGACCGUGGCCAGCACGCUGUCGGACCUCGGGGACGCGCACGGCUCCCUCGGCGACAACGCCAAGGCGCGCGAGCUCCUCGAGCGCGCGCUCGCGAUCCAGGAGCGCGAGUACGGCGGCGACCACGUCUAUGUGGCCAGGACGCUGAGGAACCUCGGGAACGCGCACUACAAACUCGGCGAUAACGCCAAGGCGCGCGGUCUC